AUGGCCGAAGUCGCCCUCGGGGUCGCAGGAUCGGUAGUGGGGAUUGUAUCCCUCGCAGGUCAAGUCUGCGCUGGCAUCCAAGAGCUCUAUGCACUCCUGGACUCGGUAAAAGACUCGGAACUUGAUAUGAAAUGCAUCAAAGACGAUGUUAUUCUUUUCCAAAACACGCAUUAUAUCCGUGAAAGCGCUCCAACGGGCACUGUGGGAGGAGCAAGCGACCCUGUUACUGCAGUAAUUAGCUCUGGUGAACCGCUUAUCAAACAGGAUCCUACAUGGACCAAAAACAGCAAUGGCGAGAAUUAUCCAAUGCGCAUGAGGAGGCCGAACCGCAUCAUCGAUACAGAUACAUCCGAGGUUGAAUAUCAGUUCUUGCUUGGAACACUAUCCAAUAAACUCGAUCAAGUCGUCCUAUAA